AUGAGUACAAAAAAUGAGCAGGGAUUAAUUCAAGAAAUUUCUCACAACUUUGAUGAAUCCGCUACUCCUUCAUCUAUUCAGGAGAAUGAUUCCACAUGUGCAUUGUCUCUCAACCCUCCAGAAAUUUCGUUUAUCUCAGGAUCCAGGCCAUUAUUAUUGCUUUAG